AUGUUCUCUCGACCGCGCCAGCAAAGCAUAGUCGGCGGCGCCGGUGCUCCGGCCGGCGGUGCAGCAGCAGCAGCAGCUGCUGCUGCUGCUACUGCUCCUGGUCCUGGUCCUGGCCCUGGCCAAGGGCCCAGUACUCCCGUCGCGCAGCAGAACAAUGGCCAACAGCCGCAGCAGCCGCAGUUCUAUGGCCAAGUCUUCCAGCAACUGCAACCACCCCAGCAGCAGCAGCAGUACACCCGCCUGCCCGACGGCACCUUUGUUCCGGUCCAGAACAACAUCAUCUACCAGCAGCAGCCGGUCCAGGGGCCCAACGGCCAACAGUUUCAAUAUGUGCCCAUGUCGCAGCAGCAGUUUCAACAGUUUCAACAGCAGCAGCUGCAGCAGCAGCAGCUGCUGCAACAGCAACAGCAGCCUCAAUUCCAGCAGCCGUUCCAGCAACCACAGCAGGGACAGCAGGGACUACAAGGACAACAAGGACAUCAAGGACAACCGCUGCCGCCCCUGCCAUUGGAACGGCAGUCGUCCUUUACCGGCCUGCCGCCCGUCCGCCGCACGUCGACGCUGGACUUUGACUUGGCCUCGCUGAUUGGCACCGACGACAAGGGCAAGUCGACAGACGAGCCGGCGUCGACGGAUGGUCAGCAGCAGGUUCCUCAGCAGGCUCAGCAGGCUCUUCAGCAGGCGCCUCAACAGGUGCAGCUGCAACAGCCGCAGGGCCAGCAAGGCUUCUUCCCCACGCAGCCGCAGCAGCAACCCCAGCAGCUCCAACAACAACAACAACAACAACAACCUCGGCGCUUUGGCACCCCUCUGAACUUUAUCCAGCAGCAGCCCGGGCAGGCUGGGCAACCCGUCCAUCCUGGUCCUGGCCCUGCGCAGCAACAGCGCACAGCUUCGUGGGGUUUCCCACAGCAGGUGCAACAGCCGCAACAACCGCAACAGCAGGUCCAGCAGCAGCAGCCACAGGGCGGCGUGCAAAACCUCCAGAGCCACCCGCCGGCGGCACAGCAGUCCUUCCAGCCUCAGCAGCAACCUGUCCAGCAGCAGCCUGUCCAGCAGCAGCCUGUCCAGCAGCAGCCUGUCCAGCAGGGCUUCGCAGUGCAGACAAAUGCGUCCACCGCCCCCGCAUACAACCAACUGCCAUCGCAGCAGGCGCAGCAACAGCAACAACAACAGCCCCCGGCCCAGGGCCAAAAGAGCAGCAACCCGCUCCAGCGCUUCCUCCCCAAGGCCGGCAACUGGAACCUCCAAGAGUCCCACCUCCAGGAACCCUUGGCGUCCACGCGCCACCGCUCGUCGCCCACGGCGGACUCCACGCCGGACGGCCAGUCGUACUCGUUUGACAAGGAGACGGGGCUCAACUCGGCCGAGGCGCAGCUGACGCGCCAGGGCACGAUGGGCACAAUGGGCACGAUGGGGACCGAUACGUGGGGUGCCUCGUCGUCGGGAUCCGCCCUUCAGGCGCCGCCACCGGUUCUGGCGCAGGUGCAAGCCCAGGCCCAGCAGGCCCCUCCGCAGCAGCAGGCGCAGCAGCCUCAACAGCAGGCGCAACAGCCUCAACAACCUCAACAGCAACCGCUGUCCCCAGACCAGCAACAGGCACAGCAGCAGUUCCAGCAGCAGCCACCUGUGCAGUCGCCUGUCGCGCCCGUCGGCCCAGUCUGGACGCAGGGUCAGGGUCAGGGUCAGGGUCAGGUGCAGGGGCAGGGCCAGCAGCAAAACAACGCCGUCCAGGCCCGCCCACAACCGGCCGGUGCAGCAGCAGCAGCGGCCGACGACAAGGGCCGCCGCUUCUCCAAGAUUUCGACGUGGCGCAUGUCCUCGACGCCACCCUCGUCGUCGCACUCCAACAAGAACGCGCAAGGUCAGCCGCAACAGGCACAAGAGCAGGCGCCAGUGCCGCCGGGCAGCAGUGCCGGCGCCCUUCCCCCAUCGCAGUCGCAGCCGCAGCUGCUGCAGCAGCAGCAGCCGGUGCCUCAGCAAGUGCCCCAGCAAGGUCGGCCAGUACAACAAGGACAGCCGGGACAGCCGGGACAGCCGCAGUUCCAGCCUCAACAGCUCCAGCAGCCUCGGCCUGGCCAGUUGCAGUUCAACCCGCAAUUCAUGAACCAGAUCCAGGGCCAGAACCAGGGCCAGAUCCAGGGCCAGAACCAGGCCUACCAGAAUGUGCCCCUGCAGCAGCGCCAGCAGCUGUUGCAACAACAGCGCUUCCCGCAGCAGCAAUUCCAGAAUGUUCAGCAGGGACAGGGACAGGUUCAGGGACAAGGCCAGCGGAUCCCGCAGCAGCAGUUCCAGCAGCAGUUCCAGCAGCAGUUCCAGCAACAGCAGCAGCCGCCUCAACAACAGACACAGCCACAGGCGCAACCCCAGCAGCAGCAGCAGCAACAGCAACACACGGGCAAGAAGAUCCGUAACCUGCUGCCGUUUGGCAAGGGCAGCAAGGGCCAGCAGCAGCAGCCGCAACAACAGCCGCAGCCGUUCCAAGGUCAAGGCCGUCCGCUGUCGACCAUUUACCAGUACCAGCAGUCCGGCCAGCCGGGCCAGCCGGGCCAGCCUGGGCAGCCUGGGCAACCCCCGUUCCAGCAGCUGCAACAGCAGCAGCAGCCUCAGCAAAGCUUCCAGCCUCAGGUCCAACAAGGUCCUCCGGGAGCCCAGGGCCAAAUGCCCCAAGGACAACCAGGACAACCGGGCCAAGGCCAACCGGGCCCGGCCAGCUCCAUUGCCUCGUACCAAGUCUCGCCCCAGAGCCGCCAUGGCACGCCGCAGAACUUCCCCACGGCCCAGCAAGGCUUCCAACAGCCGCCGCCGCAGCAGCAGCAGGCACAGGCCCCUACGCCGUCGCAGACGCCCGUCCCGUCCAGCUCCAUUGUGGCGACCCCGGCGUCGUCGCCGCCGCCGUCGCAGCAGCAGGCCGGCAGCAUCACGCAGAGCCCAGUUCAGCAGCGUGUUGUCAGCCCCGUCCCGUCGGCGCAAAGUCCGGUUCCUGUAUCGGCCACGACCGCAGCCCCGGCUUCCGGGCCCGUCGCCGAUACCGUCUCCGCUCCGGCCCAUGCUCCGGCUCCGGUUCCGGCCCCGGCCGCGACCGAUGGACAAAACCCGGCCCCGGAGCAGGGCCCACGUGCGUCCGUGUCAUCGCCUGUGCCCAGCACGACCACGACCACAACCUCGCCGCUGCAGCAGACGGCAACUCAGUCGCCGGCGCACUCUGUCGCCCCGGCCACAACGACGAGCCCCGUGCAACCGCAACAGCAGACGUCUCCGUCGGUGGGCCCGCAGGAUGCUGUGGCCCAAAAGACACAGACACAGUCACAGGGACCGGCACAGGGAGUGGCACAGGGAGUGGCACAGCCUGGUCCCGGCCCAGUCGCUACAUCUGCGCCGAAUGGCCAGGUGAUCCCGCCCAACGGCUUCCAGCCGCCGAGACCCGUGCAGUCCUUUGGCCCGCCGGGUGCACCGCACGGCACUUUCCCCCCACAGCAGCAGCAGCAGUUCCGCCCGGGACAGUACCAGGGCCCGCCGCAGCAAUUCCAGCAACAAUUCCAGCCGAACCGGUUCCAGCCUGUCCAGAACCAGGGCCAGGGUCAGGGCCAGUUCCAGGGCCAGUUCCAACCGCAGCAAUUCCAGCAGGGCCAGUUCCAACAAGGCCAGUUCCCACAGCAGCCUCAACAGCCUCAGCAGCAGCCCAACUUCCCGCCUCCACAGCAACAGCAGCAACAGCAGCAACAGCAGGGCCCGCCGCUGACCAAGUACGCGACGCAGGGCUCGUCCCCGACUCCGGACAACUUCUUCAGCCGCACCAACACCUUUGGCAGCAUUGUGCCCAACGAAAGCAACGCCAACCGCCGCACGUCCGGUCUGCUGUCGGGCUUCAUGGGCAAAGUGCGUGGCAACAAGGACAAGAAGGACAAGGAGGACAAGGAGAACAGGCCGGGCACGUCCGCCGGCUCGGUGCCGGUGCAGCAGCAGCAGCAAUACCCACAAGGCAGCGUUGGAAGCCGUGUCGGCGGUAUCGGCGGUGUCGGCGGUGGCCUCUCGCAUGCCUCGACGUUUAGCACGCUGCCAGGCAGCCCGCACGGCACGCCGUCGCCCCUGCAGCAGCAGCCGCCCUUCCAGCAGCCGUCGCGGCCGUCGUUGAGUGGCCCGUCGACGCCCGUCGGCGGCGCUGCGAACGGUCCCUUUGGCCGCCCUCGCGCCGCAUCCAACGCACCGUCGCUCGGAGCCAAGCCGUCGCAGCCGCAGCCACAGCCGCAGCCGCAGCCGCAACAGCUCCAGUCGCCGCAGGCAACGCAGGCUCCCAACAACGGUCCCCAGCAGCAGCCAUCGUCUGGACCGUCCGGCACUCCCAGCGCCGACCCAGCUUCCUCGCCGUCGCCGCUCUCCGUCAACACGAACCGUCUGCCUGCAGCAGGCCCCGGCGAUCCCAACCAGACGCAGAGCCCAGCCACGGCCGGACCCGUGUCCUCCGGCGCGACAGGCACCGGUCCUGCAUCGGCGUCGACUGUGCGCAGCAACGUCGCAUCGCCCGUCUCCGGUGGCAGCAACAAUGUCGCCGCGCCGUUGACCCGCGAGACCAGCGCACAGUCGCCCUACUCCGGUCCUUCCGGUCCGGCUGGUGCCUCUGGUGUGCCUACCGGCCGCGCCAGCAUCGACGCUGGCUCAUCCGGCUUUGCCGGCCCUGUCCCGACGGCCCGCGGCCGCCUCCCGUCCACCUCGGUACCAAACGCGCCCAGCCCGCUGUCGCGCAAGCCUGUCAAUGCAGCGCCGUCUCCCCUGCAGCAAGCAUCCCAGCCUCCAGCCCCUCCCGCAGGUGAUGCCACGGCGCAAGAUGGCGCUGCGACGCCCACGCAGGCGGCGCUCCGUCGCCCGCCGGGUCUUGGCGAGCGUCCUGUGUCGACUGUCUCUGUGCUCACGAUCAAUGGCGGCCAGUCUGGCACCUCGGCCCAUGCUGGUGGCAAGCCUCUGACCGACAUUGCGCCCGCUUCGACCACGCGCAGCGGCUCGCCCACGGUCUCUAUGGUGAGCAUGCAGCCUCCCGUCAGCUCGUCCGGCGCCACCGUCGCGCCCUCGCCGCCGCCGACUGGGACCGGCGGUCCGUUCCAGCGUCCUGGCGAAGAUGGGCAGCAGCUGACGCCGGCCCAGACCAACAAUGGCCAGCAGACCGUCUCCUUUGCGGCCAGCCACGAACAGAUCCCGGCCGCCAACCAGUCGAGUGCGUCUGGCCAGGUCUCCCGCACCGAAAAGGAAAUGGAACGCGCCAAGAAGUUCUUUGGCCGGUUCCGCCGAGGUGUCGGUGGUGUCGUGGGCGGCGUGGCCGGCGUGGCGGGCGGCAAGAACAGCGGAGCCAACGGGGCCAACGGGGCCAGUGGCAACGGCCAUGCCAACCACAGCCAUGACAACGACAACACCGCCAACGAUCCCAACGGCCCGCCGCCCGGUGGCCCGCAGUACCCGCCCGGCCACGCGCCGCCGGGCGGUCCUGUGCGCCCGAGCAUGCAGCUGGAGCGGCCCGGGUCGAACCAGUUCGUGCCGCAGGUGCAGGGCCAGUCGUCGCCGUCGGUUCAAGUUGCGGGCCCCGUGUCCAACGGCACGGCCACGGCUCCGGCGGCCAUUCCCCCCCAGCAGACAGGUCAGCCGACAGGUCAGCAGCAGACGGGCGGCGUCCUGCCAGGCCCCCACCGCAUGUACCAGGACCAGCGGCUCGCCCAGUUCCUCGGCCCCGUCCAGCCCAACAGCGUGCCGCCGGUGGACUCGCCCGCCGGUGCCCGCAAGCAGGCCCUGCAGCAGCAGAUCUCGCCCACCGAAGUGCGCCAGCAGCAGAACCUCCCUCCCCUGCCGCAGGUUCCGCAAAGUGCCGUGGCACCAAACCAGCUGCCUCAACAACAGCAGCAGGAGCAGCAGCAGCAGCAACUGCAGGGUCCCCAAGGCCAGCCUCCGUCCCAGCAGAAGCCGCAUCAGCACAGCACGUUUGGCUCGCUGUUCCGGCCCAAGGUGCUUCAGCAGCAGCAGCAACCCCAGCGGCAGCCCCAACAGCAGGCUCAGCAGCAGGCUCAGCAGCAGGCUCAGCAGCAGCGCCCUCCUCAGCAACCGCAGCAGCAGCAGCAGCACCAGCAACAGCAGCAACACCACCACUUCCACAGCCUGCCGCACCACCAGCAACAGCAAUUGCACCAGAUGCAGCAGCAGCAGCAGCAACAGCAGUAUCAGACGUACCAGGAGCGCCAGUACGGUGCUGUACCGAUCCCGCACAGCUAUGCCGCUGUCCACGGCGAGGGCUCCGUCGCUCCCUCGCAGUACAAUCUGAGCCGCCAGCCGCAGCCGCAGCUGCAACAGACGCAGCAGCCGCAACUCCAACAGCCAUAUGGCCAGUUCCCGCCCCAGCAAAACCAGCAGUUCCAGCAGCAGCAGUUCCAGCAGAACCCACAGUUCCAGCAGCAACAGACCCAGCAGCCACAGCAGGCGUGGAACUCGGCCGGUCCGCAGCCUCAAGGGCAAGGCCAACCCCAGUUCCAAGUUCAGCAACAGCCUGGUCAGCAGGCCGUCCAAGGCAACGCGGUCCAGGCCAACGCGGUCCAGGCCAACGCGGUCCAGGGCGGCCCGCAGCAGUCGCCGCAGCAGUCGCCGCAGCAGACCCAGCCUGGCCAGGCUGCUUCCCGGAGCACGACCGGCCCUGGGCCUGCGCCUCCAGCCACCGCCACUGUCGGUCAAGCUGCGACAGCGCCCGCACACCCUCUGCAGCAGCACCCCGUCGCGUUCAUGGUCCCGCCCCCGCCGCCUGCCACGUCGAGCUUCUCUGCGGAUGAGGAGGUUGUCGCCGAUGCCGUGCCCGCGCCCCUGCAGCCCUCGCCGCCGCCGGCCUCCAAAACGGGCGACGUGGCCGGCCGUAGCAUCCCUGUCACUGCCGCCGCCACCACCGCCGCCGCUGCAAGCGUCGCUGCCGCCGCUCUCCCUGUCAAGGCAGAAACGCCCGUCUCGUCGCUCCACCCGUCGCCGCAGCCCGACCCGUCCCAGCUGAGCGAGGGUGCCUCGGCGUCCGUCAGCCAGGCCCUUCCCAGUCAGGAGACCAGCCAGGAGGCCAGCCAGGAGGCCAGCCAGAAGACCAGCCAGGCGCCCAGCGAGACCGCCCCGACGCCCUCGGCGACCACGCCGGCGGCCACGAACGCCGUCGUUGCGCCCGCGCCCCUGUUCGUGCAGGGCCCCGUUGUGCACAGUUCUGAGCAGCCCAGAAGCCCCGUCCAGACAAAGGUCGAGCCGCCUGCAGUUCAGCCGCAGAGCCAAGUCUUUGUCCAACUGGCAGAGCCGGUCUAUGCUGCGCCGGUUCUGGCCCAGCCCUCGGCCCAGCCCCCGGCCCAGACUGAGAUCCAACCCGCUGCCAACGAGACGCCCCUCACCAACGGUGCCCUCGCCGCCGCCAAGGCCGCCCAGCUGUCGCCCAUUGCCACGGCCGCAGCAAACAAGCACGUGCCGGUCGAGGACGAGGACAUUUACAACGCCACGCCGCUGCACCCCAGCGCCCACACGCACGCCAACAAGACCAACAAGGUGUCGGAAGACCAGACCAUCCUCGACGACCCGCCGGCCUCGCCUGUUGGCCGUGCGGCGGAGCGUGCGGCGGCGCCCGUUGCGGCGCCUGUUGCGGCUCCCUUCGUUGUUGAGUCGGCAGCCCCCUCGGAUGCUGUGCCUGCUGUUCCGGCGGCCAAGACGGCAGAGCCUACGAUUGCUGCUGCUCCUGCUGCUUCUGCUACGAUUGCCACCACUUCGCCCGCUCCCACCUCACCUGCCGUUGUUAUCCCGGCCACAGCCUCUCGCGCGGCCGCCGACAUCACCUCCCCCGUUGGCCCUGCCGCGUCCGGCGAGCCCGACGUCAACAACAUUACACCGCCCUCGCCCGUUGACGACAUGGACUUUACCGAGUACGGCUUCCCGUCGGCCAAGCCGUCUGCCACCGGCGGUUUCGGCCGGUCGACCGGCGCCAACGGGUCGGCCGGCGGUGCAUCGGACGGCAACGGCGGCGGCUCUGGCGAAGAAGGCGACGCCGUGUCGCGCCAAAAGACGAUCCGCCAGACCUCGGCCCAGCAGUUUGAAGACUACAAGCGCCGCCAGAUGCUCAAGGACCUGGAGGAGAAGAUCCCCGUCUUUGUGCCCGAGCCCGACGAGGAGCUGGAAGCCCAAAAGCAAAAAGAGCAAGAAGAGCCCGCCAUGUCCGCCACGAGCUACCCGGGCCAGGAGUGGAACCCGUACGAGGAGUUUGCCUACGUGGACGAUGAGUAG